GUGAGAGACACGUGACCGGAGCCGGCAGUCAUCGUUUACCGUGCAAGCACGCACAAAGAAGAAUCUACUCCUCGCUUCCGCCCCAGAGUUGGCAAAAUCCAAGCGCGCAAUCAUGGGCGGUGCUUCAACUCUUUAUCGUGUUUGGGCGUAGGAUGCAGUGCAUCUAAAGACGGAAACAGUGAUAUAGGAGCUCCAGGCUUCAGUCCAUCGCCUGAGACCUGGAGUUGGGGUCGGCGGUGCGACUACGUCAGCGGUGGUGCGAAGGGACGGAUAUCACCGAGAAUCCAGUGCUCUUCCCUGCGCCAGGUGUAAAGCGUUGCUGAUCUGGAACAGCCACUCCCUGCCUGAUUCAUGCCACCUCUACUGGACCAGAGUCACCAGACUGGACCACAAGGACCGGUCGAGGUUCCUCCGAACGGCUGUACGCGCAAAGGCAUAUUAUACUGGCUUUGAUUCGGUUCCCGAGUUGAUGAUGGAUGGGGAAGCUGCUCGCUGCGUAGAAUUCUAUGCGCAGCACCGGCGCUACAUAGGCCAGAGCCUCGGUUCGUGACAUCCCCGUUCUUGGCGAGUUUUGUAUCGACACAUGUCUCCUUCGCGCUUGCAAUGGUGACGGGCAGCAUGUUGCGCCACUCGCUCGAUCUUUUCGCUAGCGCGACGAUCGCAGCGUCGGGGAUGGCACGUGCAAGUACCAGGUCUGGAGCAUCCUCGUCGAUUCGAACGUGGAGCUCAUUCUGACCUUCCCCUUGACGACUUGCUGACGACAGAUCAAUAUGACCUAUUCCUGACCGUCCCUACACUCUGUUCGGGUUGCCGCAUCCGAGCGGAGAGAUCCAUGUUGUCAAUUCGUAACUGCGCGAAGAUCAUCUCCCGUCGUAGCCAGGAUAACAUCUUUGCCUCGGCGCCAUUUCUGUGUUCGAUAUAUCGACCUAGGCUCGCGCAGCGUUCGCUCUUGUAUAUCUUGAGGGUGAUUAAUCCCGUUCCUAGACCAGGUUCUCGUCGGUUGCAACUUCUGGCUGUGAAUAAUGCGCCUUACGUUCUUUGCUGUGCAUUCUGUCUGUUUUCGCGUCAUGUAUUCGGGCUGCAGCUCAACACCAAUCCCACGACCUUGAAGCUCAAACACAUGCACGCCGUUGAAACCACUUCGACUGUCUUGACUUUCCCUUGCCGGUGUGAUCAUACCGUUGCGCCAUGUGAUGUGUCUGUCAUCGAGACAGAUUUGCGGCAAACCACAAUAGUUAGAUUCAUCGCAGUAUAAACAACGGAGAGAAAACAUGCAGUCGACAGAGCCUUGGGAUUGGAUCGAGGACAAAGUGGCUGUGGGCUUGUUAAAUCCUCCGAACUACUCCCUGGCGACCCUGACUUCCGUU